UGUUUGUUAGUUGGAGAAAGGAGGACUUUGAAAAACCCAUCAAAUCUGAAAGAGACCCUAAGCUGGAAACAGUCAUGGCAGACUCACAGCAAAUCUCAAAUGGAUUAAAGAUCCUCAUUAAGGGAAGCAUCCGAAUUCAAGAUGGAAAUCCUGCUCGAUAUCGUCUGCAGACAACAACAGAUAAUCUGGAUCAAUCUAAGCCAUACAGAAAAAUCACCUUUGGUGAAAGAGACACAAAUAAACCUCAUAAAACCAUACUGAUGGUGGGAGAAACAGGCACUGGAAAAACAAGUCUCAUCAAUACUAUGAUCAACUACAUCUGUGGCGUUCAGAGAAAAGACAAAGUUUGGUUUGAGAUCACAGAUGAUCAGAGUAACACAUCAUCAGUUUACAGUCAGACCUCUGAUGUCACUGUCUAUGGUGUUUAUAUACAAGAGACUAAAGUUGAUUUAACAAUCAUUGAUACACCAGGAUAUGGAGACACUCGUGGAGCUGAGCGUGAUUUAGAGAUCGGCAAGACUUUAUUACGUUUAUGUACAACUGAAGAUGUGAUACACAAUAUAAAUGCAGUGUGUUUUGUGAUGAAGGCAGAUCAAAAUCGACUCUCUGACAGACAACAAUACAUAUUUGAUGCUGUUCAGUCUUUAUUUGGUAAAGAUAUUGCUGAAAACAUUGUGGUACUCUUCACACACUCAGAUGGUGCUCGUCCUAAAAAUGCCCUGACAGCCAUCAAAGAAGCUAAAGUCAAGUGUGCUGUAGAUGAGAAGAAUCAGCCGAUCUAUUUUCUGAUUAACAACCGUCAGGAAGAAACAUUUGAUGAAGAAGAACAAACAAUCUAUGAUCAAUCAUGGGAUCUCAGUUUUAAUGGAAUUACAGAUUUUUUUAACUUUCUUGACAUGAUACGACAUAAAACCUUGGAGUUGACUCAAGACGUUUUACAAAAACAGCAACAGUUUCGGCCAAAUAUCUCCAAACUACAAUCACAUGUUCAAAAGAUUAAAGAAAAGCAAAAUGAGCUGAAACAAACUGAAGAAAAUCUAGAGAAACACAAGCAACAUGUCAAAGAAAAUAAUAAUUUUGAGUAUGAAGUUGAAGUGUCCUACAAAGAAAAGGUUGACAUUGAUCCUGCUGUAGCUAAAGAGGCGAUGUGCUGCACCGUCUGUAAGGAGAACUGUCACUAUCCUGGAUGCUGGUGGGUCAGUAAUCUCUCAUGGUGUACUGUGAUGAAAGAUUAUCACUGCACAGUGUGCCCAAAGAAAUGUCACUCCGACAAACAUGUCAAAGAAGCCAAAAUAUAUGUAACAAAGACAAAGACUGAGACAAGAACUAAAGAAGAGUUAAAGAAGAACUAUGAAGACAAAAUUAAAGACUGUCUGUCUGAGAUCAAUAAGCUGAAGAAAGAACUACAAGAAUUGGAGAAAGACAAAAUCAAGCUGGUGAUGGAUGCUUUUCACUGUGUGGAUUCUCUUAAAAUGAUCGCACUCAACACUGAAUCUCUGUUCACACUUCUGCACAUUGAUUUUCUCAUUGAGAAGUUAAAGGAAAUCAAUGAACCUGAAAAAGCCGAAGCUCUGAUGAACAUCAAAGAGAAAGUAAAACGAGCAGCACCUGCAUACAUUUAAAGCCAGGUGAUUUUAAUGUGUAUUCAGCAAAACAUAAGUAAUGUACUUGCACCUGAGGGCUAUUUCAUAAAACUCUAUUACAAAAUAAGCCAGGCUUAUUUUGUUAAGUCUGACUUAUUGCCUGUGGAUUUCGUUUCAUAAAACAAACUUGAACUAGUUCAACCCCGGUUACUAUGAAAACUUAUGCUUGCAAACUAGCCUGGUCCGGGGCAGGCUAACAGUCAGGCUAAGCCUCAGAUUUUGCUUAACUAGACUUCCACUAACACUGAACUGUAAAUGCAAUGAUAUUACAGUUGACUCUUUGACAUUUUAUUUGACUUUAUUAACCACUAUUAAUCUAACAAUUAAAGAAAAUCAACUUAUAUAUUAAAUUUGAUAAAUUCUGUUACAAUAAUAAUUAAUACAAUAUAGACAUGUGUUUCAUAAUAUGGUAUGUUAUAGGCCUAUCAAAUGUUGAAUAUAAAUUAUAAUCUUAACUACCCAAUAUAAGGAUAAUAGGCAUAGCAGUACAAUUUUGAACAAUUAUUUUGUUAAAGAAGUGACCAAAAAUGUUGCAUCUAAAUCCAUAUAAUUGCAGUGUAUUGAUGAAAAAAAAAAUUAAUUCAGAGUGUCUGUCAUACACAAGUCAAGUACAGUCAUUGGAUUUUUUUAUGCUUGGUGUGCAUAAAAAUGCACAUUAUUUUAAAGAUCUACAGUAUUUGUAUUUUUCUCUAGUUAAAUUUUUCUUAAAUGUAAAAAACUCUUUAUGUGUCUGCAUGUCUGUAGGAACACAAUAUAAUUAUGUGAUGGUAUGCUCUUAGCAUAAGUUAAAACUCAUGCACUUUUUUGCCUUUGAUCCCAGAGAAGAUUGUUAGUGUCCUGCAGACAAUAAUUGUUCACAACACAAGUAGGACUUCAGACUUACAGUAUAAUGUGCUUAUACCUCAGGCCUCUCUUCAACUGAUCCUCACCCUUCAUAAAACUCUGUUUAUCUAUCAACAUCUAACACUACACUGUUAAAAAAAUAUGUAGAAAUGACAGUAUUAAUUGUCAGCUGUUCGCCAGUAACUUACUGUAGAUUUACAUGUAUGUUAUUUACUGGCAACAGUUUGUUCAAAGUCUUUUUAUUUACAGAAUAAAACUAUAAAAUAACAGCCUCAUGCCAGUAAAUAACAUACAUUUAAAUCUACAUAAGUUACCGGUAAAAAGUUGCAUAGCUACAUCAGCUAAUUUUUUAACAAUGUAAACAGGUGGUUUAAAAUCUCUCAUACUCCCAGGGUUUAACAUGAUGACUUGUGGCUCUAUAACGCACACAUAAUUUGCCAUCAAAAAUGUUUUAAGUAACAUGUCAUGUAAAAAUUAUUGGUCAAGAACAUGGGCGUAGAUUUAGGGUGGGACACUAGGGACAUGUCCCUAGCAAUAUUCAGGGAAGACUGAAUUGUCCCUAGCAAUAAUUUCGACCAAACAAUUAAUCUGUAUUUAUAUAUAACCACUAAUGUCCUUCUUAUUCUUGUGUUUUCUAUUUUUUACUUAUUAUAUUUUUUUUCAGGAAUCAUUUAAAUGAGACUAGAAAUCUUUUGCAAUCCCGUUCUGUAAAAAUGACGCUCUAUGUGGUACACAAACGGUUAACAGCUUUCGUUCUCUGCAAUGCCCGCCUCCGUAACUCACAUCGCUAAUAUGAUUGGCUUUGCAUUUCUUUAGUCCCGCCUUUCUAAUCACAUUGCUAAUAUGAUUGGAUUAGCAUUUCUUGAGUCCCGCCUCUCUAAAUCACAUCACUUUAUGGGCUUGUCUUUACUCGCUACGUGUGAUAGGAUGGUUUCACUUUGUACAACGCGCCAAAGUUCACUCAAGACGCGCGUGAUUAUUCGGGCUACAGGUAAGUGAGGAAGAAAGUAUUAUUAUACCCACUGUAACUGUUUCAUUCACAAAUUACGCAACAAGUUGUGCCACAUAAUGAUUCAAGGACAGUGUUUUCACCAAUACACGACAAUCCCAUGUUAACCUGAGGAGUUGCAAACUUUUGUCAACCUUUUAUAAAUGGGGUAGCAAGGUUAUUUAGGGGGUCACUAAUCCAUGAAAGAAAAUAACCCCAACAUGGUAAAAACAUGAAUUCAUGUCAUGAUUGCUGAAUACUUUACAUUACUGCACUGUGGUCAUUACUUGCACAGAUGUAGACAUAAUGUAAGGUUGCAUUUUAAACUUAAAAUUAUUAUUUUUUCACACUGAUUAACUGUCUGUUAAUGAAAAGAAUAUUUAAUGUGAACUACAGAAACGUUAAUAAACGUUGUUCAGGAAACAGCAUGAUAUACAUACCAACUUCAACACUGGGAUUUUUUUGGCAAAAUUAAAUUAAGAAUUAAAUAUUAAUUGCAUAUUCUUCAUUGUUAUAAAGUAAAUAUGGUUAUAUCUUACAAUGUGAUUUUCUUUUUUUUUUGACAAAGACUUAAACAGUUACUGUUUAUUAGGCUCUAGGACAUAACGAAUUGUUUAUUAUAAAUUUGGGAUGGCCGGGGGUGGCGAGUCAGAUGUUACUGAGUAAAGUGCAUACUGAGUUGUCUGUUGUUUGUGUCAAGUAAACGGUGAUAAACAGUUUUUGCAAUGCAACCAUUUUAUUUAUGUCCCCACCAAUGCCAGAAUCAAACCUACGCCCUUGGUCAAGAAUAUGUGUAACAUAUAAUUUUACACAAUCAUUCCUUGUACUACUGUAAAUUCAGAAAUGCAGAUGCUGUCCACUCAUCAUGCUCUCAGUGACCCCAUUUUUUUCUUUCAAGAACAACAGUUCAUCUGCAGGAGUAAAGCUGUGCUGCUGAUAGAUGCCUCAUUGCCACUCAACAUCUUUGACAGCUAACAUUAUGAGAUUAGACACUUCUUCUAGCAUAUGAUUAUAUUUAAAUCAACUACACUUCUUAUGAACAAUAUAUUUAUGUUUUAUUUUCACCUGUUACUUUUUGUCCACUCAAGUUGCUGCUUUUGAAAUGUACCCCCAAAUAAAAAUAAAUACAUUUAAGUUACCUUUAAAGUUAAAUGUAUU